AUGAAUUUCUUACAUGUCACCAUAAAAAGAGAAGAAACAAGUGUAUCAUUUAAAAAUAUAAAGAAUGUCUUUAAUAUGGAAUUGAGAAAGAUACUAAAUCGAACAACUCAGCAAGAAAACAUAAACAUCGAAGUAAAACAAUUGUUUAAAAAAUUUCAGUUAAAUGAUUAUCCGAAGCAUAUUCUCUUUGCGAGCCAAAAGAAUAAGAUGUCAAACAUUAUCAGCAUAAUAAACAGUGAAAAUUCGCCCAGAGACCAAUUUAAAAUCGCCGGUGUCGUAUAUAGGAUGUCAUGUACAUGUGGAAGCCCAAAUUAUUACAUUGGAGAAACCGGAAGAAGAUUGGAGUUGAGAGUAAAGGAACAUGAGGCAGCCAUUAGACUGAGAAGAACGGAAUCAGCAUGGUUUUUACAUUGCAGAAAAUUUAAUUGUAAUAUAAAUAUAAAAAAUACUAAAAUUUUGUAUAGAAUAGAAAAUAAUUUAGAAAGAAAAAUUGUAGAACAUUUCUGUAUCGCCGAACAUGUAAAUUUACUUAAUUUGAAUGCUGGAAUGAUUGUUGAUGCAUGCUGGGAACGGCUGUUGGGUAUAAAACGUAACCAACGAAUAACAUCCUGAUGUAUCCACUGAGGAGGCCUAGAUGGCGAAAUGCAUAUGGAUAAAAUUAAUAAAAUAAUGAUUGUUCCUUGCUACUUGUUUGUCUUGUUUUGGCUCAUAGAAUCCUCGAAGUCGGAAAUAG